CACUCAGUUCUCAGUUUCAUUCAAACCGUUUAGUGAACCAGUCGUGCUGUACUCAUCCUCUCCAUUCGCAAUCGAUUAAUACGAUGACCAAUCCAAUAUUUUACACUCUUCAUUUGAGUCCUCCCUGUCGCGCCGUACAACUAACUGCGAAAGCCUUGAACCUAGAGCUGGAUCACCAUGUGGUAAACCUGCUAGCCGGAGAUCAUUUAAAGCCCGAGUUUCUUAAGAUGAACCCGCAGCACACUAUUCCUGUUCUGGAUGACAACGGGGUUAUCAUUUCGGACAGUCAUGCCAUCAUGAUCUAUCUGGUAUCGAAGUUCGGAAAAGACGAUUCGUUAUAUCCAAAAGAUUUGGCCGAACAGGCUAAAGUGAAUGCUGCUCUGCAUUUCGAAUCCGGUGUAUUGUUCGCGCGCGCGAGAUUUGUCAUUGAACCCAUUCUCGCCGGCUGCAGUGAGAUUCCACCCGAGAAGAUCGAAUACAUUCAGAAAGCCUACCAACUACUGGAGGAUACGCUACAAGAUGAUUACGUUGCGGGUCCCACACUAACGAUUGCCGAUUUUAGUUGCAUUUCAAUAAUCGCCUCCGUCAUGAGAAUCAUUCCGUCGAGCUAUCCGAAAAUCUACGCUUGGAUAGAUCGUUUGAAGCAACUGCCCUACUAUGAAGAGGCGAACGGUGCUAGUGCAGCCGAACAUGGUCAGAUCAUUUUGAAUAUUUUGAAGAAGAAUGCGGCCAACGUCUGAAUCCUAUUGAAUACUAAUGUACUAAGCCAGCAUAGCAAUAUUGAACAGGUAUUAUGAGGUUCCAACAGUUGGAAACGUACUAGUUUGCUACACUCUUGGCAAAUAUUGCAACAUUCACGAUAGUUACGUGUUAAGAACGACUAUAUCACCAUUAUUGUAGCACCAUUAUAAAACAACAUGUCAACUUGCACUCUACGUUGGAAAGAAUUAUAAUAUCAGUUUGAAUUAAA